AUGAUAAUAUGGGCAGCUAGCGGCGGUGAUGGCUACAACUGUCCAUAUGGACAAAAUUGCGGAUUCGAGCCCUCGCCGCCUGGUCGUUCACCACCCUGUGCUCAACCAGGCCUCACGUUUUGCCUCCAUCCAGACCAAUAUCCCGAGCAUGUAAUCCGCAAGCUGGUACAUGCUGGACAGUAUGAUAUACGGACUCUUCUGUCUGAUGAAAGUCGGGAUGAUUUCGAAGCGGUGAAGAAGGACGCCUAUCCUUACGGCUAUGGCCCAAACUCCUUGCCCCACGUGGACCAAAUAUCGUUGGUUAAUGAUGGUGCUAAUUAUCAUAAGGAUUACAAUACCAAGUUUCAAGCAAGGUUUAAUCAAGAUAUAUACGCGGCAAAGACUCCCUUGCAACCGCCAACAUCAAUCGAACCAACUCCAUACAACAUCAAAGCUUUUCAGGCGACGAACUUUUCCAAAUUCGGUUUCCAAGGUUACCAAAGCUCUCCUAGUUAUUGGAACCCAAUAAACGAGAAGAGCUUGAAACAGAACAGUGUGACUCCAAACCUUGGGGUCUAUAACCCGAAUUAUUUUAACCCAAACUUUUAUCAAAACUACGAAAACGAUUGGUUGAGACAAGCGUCGUCUGGAGUGACCGAGUACAAUCCUAGUGAAUGGUGGAAAUACAUCUCACCAUCUCAAUCAAGCGAUGUUACGAUUCAGAGAUCUAUAUCAUUUCCGACACACCCUGCGGGGCACGGUCGGCGUAGGCGCAACGCGGAAUUGGUGCAGGCAUCUGCAAAAGGACCUUUGACAGGCGCAGAAGCGCUCAGAAUAGCUUUGGGACUUGCCAGUGAAGACCCGUCAGCUGAACGUCCAAGACGUCAAGCGGCCAAUACCAUCAACCUAUGCCAAGUGAGGACCCGGUAUGUUCAGCCGCAGGCAGCUCAAAACAACAAAGGCAACUGGCGCUAUGUUGUCAACAUGGCGGACAAUAUGACACAGCUUGUGCGAGUAGAAACGUGCGCGUCCUCUGAAUGUAGUGGAUUAUGCAGCAUUCCUCGUGGGUACUCAUCUCGAUGCGAACAAAAGUACAUUCAAAAACGUUUAGUAGCCCUACAGCCGAGUGGAGAAACACUCUAUACAGAUGUAUUUUGGAUUCCUAGCUGUUGCCAAUGUACGAUCAUUAAUAAUAAUUAA